AUGCGCGCUGCGCUCAGCAGCACAGCAAAGAACAGAAAAGAACAGGUUGCUCAGUCAUUUAAUCAAACACUUGGUGGGCAACUUCAAGGCAGACCAAAGGGGCAACUUCCGGCGACUCCAAAGCUUUUUCUGGCGAGGGGAGGUGCAGCUGCACUUCCUUGCGCCUCUGUAGGUCCGCCACUGCAGCCCGAGCAGCAAAACGAGUUUUGGGCCGACGUCAGCGCAGCUGUUUAA